CAAACCUUCACACGCUCUUCCUGCUGAGCACAACAUCCUAUUAAUCCAGUCGUCUGUUCAUCUUCAAAACUUUCCAGAUAUGGAGGUUGAUCUUCUGUGCUUUUUCCUGUUGGCCUCCCUGUUAACUGUGUCUGUGCAAAGUGCUCCUUAUGAGAAGCAGAAGUCUCUCUACAGAUGGGCACAAAAUUCAGAGGAGAAGCAUGAUGAGUUCCCAAAUAUUGAUGAUUCCAUUUUGCCAACAUUCUUCCCUUUCGAGGCCAGUAGUCCAGAACCGGCAAAUGACGAUGUGAGAAAGGAGAUGUCAAAUGGUGGUGAUAAAACAUCUGAAGUAUAUUCACUAGACUUGGAGUUGUCUGAUGGGACAGGCAUUCCAGUGCUGCUGAGUGAAGAGAUGCUCGCUCAAAUUAUAAAGGCUUCUGAAGAAGAACAUCAAGAUGUGGAGAAAGAUGAGGAAGAUAGUGACGAAGAUGACAUCGAAAAAGUAGCAGAUACAAAUGUUAGGAAUGUGGAAAUAUCAUCAAAGCCUAUAAACGAUGGAGAGGAACAGCAAUGGCAGCAAAAAGAGAAAGAUAUUGUAGAGGGGGAGGUGGGAAGUAGCCCAGACUCAGAGAUACCAGUAGAUUUAGACUAUGCUGACGACAGCAUAUCUACACAAACACAAAAUUCCAAGCUGAAGGAAAUGGAAGACUAUGAUACACAGCCUAAUCAAGAUUAUGAAAAUCUUAAAGAUGGACAGGAAGCAAAACUUGACCAAGCUAUGCUUUCUGAAAAUCUCCAAGAUAAGCAGAUCCUACCAAAUCCUGAGACUGAAACAAGCAGUAUGGAUGAAGUCAAGGAGAGUAGAGACCUUGAAGAAAAGACACCCUUUGAUGAAAAAAAGGGUGAGAAUGACACAAAUGUAAGUGUCAGCCAUGUUAAAGAAAAACCCAAAGUACAGAUGGAGAGGAAGAGUCUGGGAAAAAGGCAGAGCGACCAGGCUUUGAGUGCUGAGGUGUCCUCAGAGCACUCUCCAGACCAACAGGCUAAGAAAGAGACAGAGAUCACACUCAACACGGCCUCCUUUUUGGGAAUGAACCCUGUGCAGAUCAGGGCUGCAAUGGAUCUUUUCCCCAGAGACAGACCGACAGCUCAACCCAAAUCCAGAACUGGAGCUGAUCCAGGGCAGGAAGCUUCAGUUGACUCGUGUGAGAACUUCCACUGUAAGCGAGGGAAGACAUGCAAGCUGAACAAUAUGAAGAAGCCCAACUGUGUGUGUCAAGAACCUGCAGACUGUCCACCAAGUCUUAGUGAGUUUGACCAUGUGUGUGGAACAGAUAACCAGACCUAUGAAUCAUCCUGCCAGUUAUUUGCCAUCAAGUGCAGCCUUGAGGGCAGCAAGAAAGGUCACAGACUACAUCUGGACUACACCGGCUCCUGCAAAUUUAUUCCACCAUGUCUGAAGACAGAACUGAUAUAUUUUCCACUACGCAUGAGAGACUGGAUGAAAAAUGUGCUGCUGCAGCUCUACAAACAAGACUUCCUUACAGCCAAGCAGCGAUCCAUUGUUCAGAAGAUGUACGAGGAUGAGAGGCGUCUCCAUGAAGGCGAUCACCCUGCCGCACUCCUGGCUCGGGACUUUGAGAAGAAUUACAGCAUGUACAUAUAUCCAGUGCAUUGGCAGUUUGCACAAUUGGACCAACAUCCAUCAGACCAGUUCCUGUCUCACUCAGAGCUUGCUCCUCUGCGUGCUCCUUUGGUUCCUAUGGAGCACUGCACUUCAGUGUUUUUCCAUGAGUGUGAUGCAGACAAGGACAAGCAGAUCUCUUUCAGAGAGUGGUGCCAGUGUUUUGCGAUUAAGGAUGAGGACAUGGACUCCAAGCUGCUGUUCUGAAUGAAGGAAGUUUCUUGCCAUCUGCGUGUUCCAGCUAGCAGAGCUCCUUUAAAGGAAAGAAAGAAGAACUCUUUUGAUAGCAAACAAAGGAGUUAAAAAGUGACUUGUUACAGUAUGUCUCUAGUGGAAGGACAAGAAUGUUUUGUUUCUUACUAUGUGAUUUUGUUUUUCAAAUUGAGAAGCAAUAGCUGCUCUUAAACUGAA